GUGCCAGGCGGGCGGCGGCGGCGCCGGACGGACCCGGGCGCGCUGGCCAUGGCCCGCGGCCCGCGGUGCCCGCUCGGGCUCUGCCUCCUGCUGCUGCUGCUGCUGCUGCCGGGAGCGGCGGGUGCGGACGCCGAGGAGCCGGGCGCGGGCGGAGCCGGGCGCCGCUGGCCCGACAUGCAGGAGCGGCUGCGGGAGGCCGCCGCGCUCUGUCGCCGCUACUGGACGCUCCUCAGCUGCCACGUGUGGCCGGAGGACUGCGAGGAGGACGCGGGCUGGAGCCUCCCGCUGCCGGGCCAGCAGUACCUGGACGUCCUGGCGACUUGGUAUCACCGUUUCCUGGAGGGCGACGGCGACCACAUCAAUGACCUCUCCGGCCUGGAGGCCGACCUGAGGCUGCGGCUGCACGGGCAGCACCUGGCGCGGGAGCUGGUGCCCAGGGCGGUGCGGCGGCACCUGGCGCAGCCGCGGCCCCGGCGGGCCCUGGCACUGUCCUUCCACGGCGGCUCGGGCACCGGCAAGAACUUCGUGGCGGGGAUGCUGGCCGAGCGCCUCUUCCGCGCCGGCCUGCGCAGCCCCUGCGUGCGGGUGCUCAUCGCCACGCUGCACUUCCCGCACCCGCGGCACCUGGACCGCUACAAGGAGCUGCUGGCCCGGCAGAUCCGAGGGACGCAAGGGCGCUGCGGCCAGACCCUCUUCAUUUUCGACGAGGCCGAGAAGCUGCACCCCGGCCUGCUGGAGGCCCUGCGGCCGCACCUGGAGCGCCAGCACCCCGAGGCGCCCGGGGACUCCGACACCAUCUUCCUCUUCCUCAGCAACCUGGGGGGCAGCGCCAUCAGUGAGACGGUGCUGCAGCUGCUGCGAGCGGGGCUGGCCCGCGAGGACAUCACCCUGGAGCACCUGGAGCCUCGCCUGCAGGCCGAGAUGGCCACAGACGGCGGCUUCGGGCAGAGCGCGCUGGUGCGCGAGCGGCUGGUGGAGCUGUUCGUGCCCUUCCUGCCGCUGGAGGCGCGGCACGUGGGACUGUGCGCGCUGGACGCCUGCGCGGCCCGGGGCCAGCCGUGCCCGGACGCGGCCCUGCAGGAGCUGGCCACCGCGCUGGUGACCGUACCCAGGGAGCAGCCGCUCUUCUCGGCGCAGGGCUGCAAGUCCGUCUCGCAGAGGCUCAGCUACCUGUCGCCGUGACGCCCGCGGGAGCCUGGUGCUUACGGCGGCCGAUGGGAGGACAGUGACGCGGGGCGACCCUGGACAGAUUAAAGCUGGUAUUUUUCUAGA